AUGCCAUCCCUAUCGGCUUUUCCAUCGCUAAAGAGCGUCCUUAAGGGCGAUGCGACUCUAUUGAAACGCGACGAUAAACCCACCAGCGAUGCGCUCACGAUCGGUGUACCAGCCGCGAUAGGAGGAGUGCUCCUCAUUUGCGCCUUCAUCACCUUGGGUGUUCUCUAUUACCGACGUUACAAGAAGGACAAACAAGAAAACCUAGCGGAUGCGCAGUGGACCGAACAAGAAGAUUGGGACGACGAGGUCCCUAAGGUCAACAAUCGACGAGACUAUAGGCCAUACGAUUCCAGCUCUGUGGACCAGAGCAGACUUGCAGCUCUACCGAAUGCCUCGCCCCUAAGUUCAGCGGAAUCGAUUCAUGGGUUCCAACACCAAAACCCAUCGUACCAAUUAUCGACCUGGGACUCUCCUGAGGAUGGACGGCGCCAUGAUUCAGAACGGGCUUAG